CACCUGAAAUAUAAGCUGACCUACAGGUAGCCAAGAACUCAUUGAAGGAGUUUUCUUUCUUCUCUCUCCUUUUUGUUCUCACAAACUGUCCUAAAUAUAAUUAUGCCAAAGUUCAAUGUGCAUAAGCGAGGGCAAUAGAGGAGUACAUUAUACAGCAGGUUCAUGUUGCAGAUUAUAACUACUGAGAACAAGUGAAGCCACACACCUGAGAAGGCAAUAACACUAAAUCCUCACUGCUUGCCAUGCAAAUAGGGUGACAAACUACCAACCAAAGAGAACACACUUAAGACCAAGAUGACCACCAAGAAGGCAGAUUUCCAGCGGAGGAUUGUCUCCAAGGAUGGACACAACCAAGUGCGCAUUGACAAUGUGGAGGGCAUGGUAAAGCUCUAUCUCCACGACAUCUGGACUACGGUGGUGGACAUGAAGUGGCGCUACAAGCUCACACUGUUCUCCUCCACUUUUGUCAUGACCUGGUUCCUCUUUGGUGUAAUCUUCUACUUCAUCUGCAUGGGCAACGGUGACUUCAAGGGUGAGCUGCUGUCCAACCACACGCCGUGCAUCAUGAAUGUUGAGACCCUUACUGGUGCCUUCCUCUUCUCCCUGGAGUCGCAGACCACCAUUGGCUACGGUUUCCGCUACAUUACCGACGAGUGUCCGCUGGCCAUCUUCGUCCUGGUGGUCCAGCUGGUCACCACGGGCCUGGCUGAGAUCUUCGUGACCGGGGCCUUCCUGGCCAAGCUGGCACGACCCAAGAAGCGGGCCGAGACUAUCAAGUUCAGCCAGUCGGCGGUGAUCUGCCGGCACGAUGGCAAGCUAUGUCUGAUGGUGCGUGUGGCCAACAUGAGGAAAAGCCUGCUGAUCCAGUGCCAGCUGAUUGGCAAGCUGCUUUCGCCCAACGUGACCGAGGAGGGUGAGAAGACUCUGAUCCACCAGACAGCUGUGGACUUCUACAUGGACUCAUGCGGGGAGUGCCCCUUCCUAAUCUUGCCAAUCACAUUCUAUCACGUGUUGGAUGAGAGCAGCCCGCUGGUGGGGCUGACCGCUGAGAGGUUGCGGACACGCGACUUUGAGCUGCUGGUCACCCUCAACGCCACCAUGGAGUCCACGGCUGCCACGUGUCAGAGCCGCACAUCGUUCGUUCCCCAGGAGAUCCUGUGGGGCUACGAGUUCAAGCCCGUGCUCUUCAGCACCCCCAGUGGCCGGUACGUGGCCGACUUUAACUUCUUUGACAAGGUGCAGUUAAGCAGCGACCCGACACUCCUCGGCAACAACACAGAGAAGCUGAAACUGGAGGAGGUGUACAAGAAGGAAUAAGGGAGGACACUCAAACAUGUUGGACACACUGGUAACGAACAUGAUACACUUUAAUUGUUGUUUUACCAUAGUUACUGUCUAGAAACAAUUUGGAAAUACACCCAGCUAGCAAAUUUGGUUCCUUGGAAGUUGUGGGAACGUAUGUUUUUGGUUUCACAUUGGUUAUGGGAACGAAGCCAUAUGUUUCCAUAAGUUUAAAAUUUUACCUGUUCUGGGAACAUUUAUUUUUAGGUUGCAGGAAGACCCUGAGAAAGUUUUACUCUGGUUCCUUUAAAGUUUUUCUGGGAGGUUUUAUUAAACCUAAAACCUAAACCCUAGCUUAUUUUGGGUUAAUGUUUUUGAACUCCAAGCAUUUCCUUAAGCAUUAAUCAUGCAAACACAUAUUUUUUAUUGUGACACAGCAUCAGUGGGAUUUGGACCUUUGAUCUUCUGUUUUCUAUCCAUUAAAUUAGUCCACUGCGCCAUCAAGAAGGAGCUAACAUGGCAUAUUUUUUACACAUACAUACAAAGCUGUUAAUUUUAGUAUGCUCAUACACACCUAAUUUCAAAGGAAACGAGAACUCAUUAAGAUCAGACGUGGCCAAUUAGUGGCCGAGGCCAACACACCUGAACACACUUAACAAGAUACAGGCUAGAGAGAGUUUUGUAGAUGCUGAGAACAGAAUGUAUAUGUUUUUAAAUAUCAAUCUUAGAACAUUCUCUAAACGUUACAAAAGUUUACUUGAGGAUUUGGAUAGAAUGUAUUCUUAACAUUCUCUGGACAUUUUGAGAACAUGACUUUAAAUAUAACCAUGAGGAAGCCUGUAGGAAACAUUAUACUGAAGUCCUGAAAUUCCCACAGAAUAACAUUGUUUCUUAAUGUUCUUGGAAGAAUUCGAUAAUGUGACUUUGAACAUGACCAUGACCACACAUUGACUCUGUACCGGUACCCCCUGUAUAUAGUCUCACUAUUGUUAUUUUACUGCUGCUCUUUAAUUACGCCUUCCUUUUAUUUGUUAUUGUUAUUCAUAUUUUUUUAAACUGCAUUGUUGG